AUUCAACUUGACAAAGUAGAGCAGUUUGCGACUAAAAUAUCAAAAUGCCUUUGUCUGGAGGAAAGUGCCAGCUUAACUACGCGCGGGAACGCAUGUGGGAACCCGGUUACCUGAAGGCCAAAUGUGCAGAGUUGGGCUUAGAAAAGGAGUUGCGAUUGUAUCGAAUACGCCUUUGGAAGAGUUACCUAUUCUCUUUCUUUGUCCUGCAUAUUUUCGUCACGACGGUGUAUUGUACGCUGCUGUUAACAACCAUUGAGCGCCGAUCGGUUGUCCAGUUUGAUGUGUCCCUCACCAUAGGAAGUUCCUUUGUUCUUUUACUAGUACUGAGUGUUAAUUUCUGCGAUGGCUUUAUUGCGAAACACACUUGGUAUAUGUUUUGCAGCUCGACGGUUGCCUCCCUUAUUUUGGUAUUCGCUGAUCUAACUGAAUCUAUUUACCACCACUACGUUCACAACUGGCAGCUGGGGACGUUCUACGACACCUACAUCGUAUACAUGAUAUACAUCUUCCUGCCGAUCCACUUCUUGAGCGGUGCAGUCCUGCUUGCAAUGCUAGUGUCACUCCUGUACAUUAUCUACUACGUGCAAUUCCUGUCCGACGGGUUCAUCCAAUUUGUGUCCCAGCUGUUUUCUACCGGCGGAAUGUCCGUGGACUUGGUGCACUAUCUGUGCCUCAAUCUGGUGGGCAUAUUCUACCGCGUGAUAAACGACACUAUAGUGCGCUCCUCCUUCCUGGACCGGCACCAGUACAUCAAGGAGGAGCUCUGGCUGCGCAACGCCCGAAUCCAGGAGAAGCAGUUGCUGGACUCCAUCCUGCCGCCGCAGAUCUCGAAGCCCUUGCAAAAGGAUAUUCAAAACCGGAUUAUCCUGACCAAGCGCGGCGUCGGAAUUCGUUCCUUGAGUGCCUUGGAGCGUGCCAUGGCCAUCCAGAUCCAUCCCGAUGUCUCUAUCUUGUACGCAGAUGUGGUGAACUACACCCACUUGACCACCACAUUGACGGUGGAGAAGUUGGUGAAGGUCCUUCACGACCUCUACGGAAGAUUCGAUUUGGCUGCUUUUCGCUUCAAGGUGCAGCGCAUCAAGUUCCUGGGCGACUGUUACUACUGCGUGGCGGGUUUGUCAGACCCCGAUCCUGAUCACGCGAAUAAUUGUGUGGCCCUAGGGCUUUCUAUGAUCGACGAAAUCAUGGAAGUACGUGACUCGCAAAACUUGGACAUAAAUAUGCGCAUUGGAGUUCAUUCGGGGAAUCUGUUCGCCGGAGUUAUUGGCGACGCCAAGCUUCAGUUUGAUAUAUGGGGACUGGACGUCACUAUUGCCAAUGUUCUGGAAUCCACCGGAGUGGCGGGACUCGUGCACAUCAGUGGUGCAACUUUGAAUAAUCUGAGCGAACAGCGCUACGUUAUUGAAGAUGGUCCCGAAAUGGCACGGAAUCAUCCACUUCUGAGUAGAUACCGAAUAAGUACAUACAUAGUUCGACAAGACUUGCAAGAUGAUCAGGAUGAAAGUGACGAGGAUUUUGAUGAGCUGCAUGCUGUCUCCCUCUUUAAUGUAGGGUCAAGACAGAGACUGAGUAAUAAGGCUAAUGAAAGCUUAAAAGCGAUUUUUAACGCAGAGCUAAGGGAAGAGUUCCGGAAAAUGCCAGUCAGUGCAUUUAACCCUAAAACCUUGUACGGCAUGUAUAGACAAAGAGGAGUAAAGGUCCCAUUGUAUCACCAGUUAAACUUAUGCCUGAAAUACCUCGACGCCGAUGUGGAGAGAGCAUACCUGAAGCAAACCGACUACCUAUUCAAGUACAGCAUGCUUCUGUCCUUGUGCGUUGGAUACUGUCUGGUGUACAUUGAACUAAUGGACACUAAAAUUAUAUGCCCCACUUGCAUGAUUUUGCCCGCCAUCGUGGCUAUAGUACAGACCAUUUUGACCUUCAUCGCGUGGUACAAAAAGAUUUGCUGGACCAGGUUUGGCAACCAGCCCCAUAACUACAGUCGAAUUAGCUGCAUUAUAUUUCGGGUUCACGAGAAAAUCAUAGGCAGUAUGAUGAUUCGCAUAACCAUUUACCUCUUCCUAGUGAUAUCGUGGUUUUCCGUGAUGUGUCUCAUUGUAAUGUCCUGCAAUCGCGAAGAGUUUGAGAUGGCUUUUAUAGAGGAAAGGCUCUUUCACUAUGAGCAAGAUACAAAGAUAUGCUUUCAUCCCUGGGUUGCAACUAACAUGGUCUCCCUGAUGAUUUGUCAGACUUUCACAUUCGCCAGUAUUCCGAUCGUGUUUGAGAUCGUCUUUCAUCACAGCGUGACGACAAACCCCAGUUUUCCCGCAGAGUACGCACACGCUCUGUUAAUAUGCAUUACCCUGCUAACUAUGGUUAUGAAGGAGCGCCAACAAGAGUUCGCAAACAAAGUAAACUUCCACUGGCGCGUUGAGUUAAGAAAGAAGGAGGCUGACGCCAAUUUAACCAAUCACUCGAUUAUUAUUAUCCUUAAUAACAUUCUUCCCGCUCAUAUCGUCGACGUUUACAUUAAUUCGAUGGCCAAGCACGAGCUCUACUAUGAAAAUUAUCAAAUGGUUUCUGUUAUGUUUGCCAUGUUAAUAAACUUUGAAAUGGAUCUAAGAAGCUUGCGUAUACUAAAUGAAAUUAUUGCCGAAUUUGAUAUGUUGCUACUGUUCUACAAGGAAUAUUAUUCGGUUGAGAAGAUCAAAGUCGUCGGAUGCACAUAUAUGGCUGCCUGUGGACUAGACCUUAACUUUGCUGGUACCACCAGCAAAACAGUGAAGAAUAACCCGAGCACGACUGAGACCCCCGAAGGGAGUAAUGUUCGGUUUUUGUUCGAACAAGACUUAAAAGACCGUGAGGAAGUGGUCUUUGUGAUGGCUUCAUAUGCCCUGGAUAUGAUGCGAACGCUGGCCAAAUGUAACAAGGCUUACCAAAGUAUUCCGGGUGAUCGGAAUAUUCUGGACGGGUCGAUAGCCAUCGGCAUUUCCAGCGGGGAGGUUAUGGCUGGUAUAGUAGGCGCAUCGCAGCCGCACUACGACAUCUGGGGUAACCCUGUUAACAUGGCCUCAAGGAUGGAGUCGACGGGAUUACCGGGCAACAUCCACGUGACGGAGGAGUCCGCGAGAAUUCUCCACGAAUUCGGCAUUGUCUGCCAAUAUCGCGGCUUGACUUUCGUGAAAGGGCGUGGCGAAAUCCCGACAUUUUUUGUGGGAAUUGAUGACAACUUAAACUUUAUCACUACGGAGCCCAAACGAGCUCCCAGUCAUGUUGAGCGCAGUUCAGUUGUAUCAUUGCAAACCACCUUUUCUAACCCAGCUAAUGCAGAUGCACUUGCUAACAUUUCCAGACAAACACUACAUGAUUUUUAA